GUUUUUUUUUUUUUUUUUUACAGCACCGUGGAUUAUUCAUCUGGCUAUGAUUGUAAGACUCAAUCGGUCCAAAUUAGUGAUCUCAAUUGGGUACUGAGACUAUUUCGACAUGUAAAGGUAGGAUAAUUGCUCAAAAGUACGGAUCUGGAUGUUGAAUAUAAGUGACGGGAAUCCAGCACCAAUUGAAACCACGAUAUAACGAUCACAAUAUUACCAAGUCCGUUUCUCAAAUGUCCGGCACAUUCUCGUCCGAUAUUGCGACCGAGCCACUAUCACCAGCUACUACAUCCAACAGGAACAGGACACAACCAUCACAUCCCGCAAUGUCUCAAUCCAACACCGAACCCAACUCCCAAUCCCCAUCUCCUCUCCUCCUCUCACUCGCAAAUUCCUACCCCCAUGACCCAUCCCACUUACACAAAGUCCUCCUGCCCCAACUAACCCACCGCCUCCGCCUCGCCUCCCUCUGGUCCAUCACCCCCGGCACCCGCGUCCUCGACAUCGGCUGCGGACAAGGCGACUCUGCCCUCGUCCUCUCCCAUGCCGUAGCCCCACUCUCCAUCACCACCGAUGGUGACACCAACACCACCGCCGGUCCGGGUCCGGGUCCGGGUUCGGGUUCGGGUUCGGGUUCCGCCCCGGCAGGCCACAUCACGGCCCUAGACCCAGCCCCUGGCGACUACGGCAGCCCCUACACCCUCGCCCAAUCCCAAUCCCACAUCUCCUCCUCCCCCUACGGCGCAACCAUCACCUUCCACCAGUCCGACGCGCCGACCUACCUCGCAUCCCACCCCUCCGAAGCCUUUGACGCCGCGACACUCUGUCAUUCGCUAUGGUACUUCCCCUCUAGCGAGGUCAUCUCCACCCUCUUCAAAUCCCUCCACGCAUCCCCCAUCUCCAAGCUCUGUUUCGCAGAAUACGCACUCCAAGCCCGUACCCCAGCCCAGAAACCCCACGAACUCGCCGUUGCAGCACAAAAGCAGUUCUACGAGUUACGAGCGGGGGCGGAGAAGGGGUUUACUCUGGACCAGGGCAACGUCCGCGGCGCGCUUGCUCCCGACGAGAUUGUGGCGCUGGCGGAGGGGGCUGGGUGGAAGGUGCGGGAGAGGGGGGUUGUUGAUACGCCUGGGUUGUUGGAUGGGCGGUGGGAGGUUGGUGCUGUGGUUGAGCCGUCUUGGGCUGAGGAGGUUAUCAGCGAGGGAUUGUGGAAGGAGGACGAGGAAGAGUUGUUCAGAUAUGUGAGGGAGAUUCAGGCUGCGGUGGAUGAGGUGAGGGGGGGUGGUGGUGUGGUUGAGACUAUGGAUGCCGUUUGGGUUGUUAUGGAGCGUUGAACGUGCGGUUUGGAUUGAUUAUCUUGGAGUAUUCGAUGAAGAAAAGUAAAUUAGAGGAAUGAAUACACAUUAAGGUUAUCAAGAAGCGAUGUGCAGAAGCGAUUUCGAGUAACGAUUUCAAAUGCGCCUGACCAUCAUAUUCGGUCCAUAUUAUCAAAACCAUU